GAAAGUAUAUAAGGAGAAGAUGUUUGCUGAGAAAUCAUCAUAACCAUCUCAGCUUGCAGAGAUUGCAUCAUUCCUCCUGAUUCUCUUUGAUUUCAUUCAAUCGUCGCCUUACCAAUCAAAAUGGCUUCCAAGAUGCUGCUCGUGAUUUUUGCCGUCGUCAUGGUAACUGCCUUAGCAACCGCCGAAACGUUCGACGAUCUAACGAAUGCCGAUCUGGAUGAGAUGCUGGCCGUGAUGUCGAAGAGGGCUGAUUCAAACGAUGCCAAGGGCGGAAUGAUGUUCGACGAUGCCUAUGCUGAAAUGGCCAAACGAGGACUAGGACGUGGAAAGUUUAUCCGCUGUGUACAUCCCCUGAACGGCUUCCAAUGCAUCUGUGACAGGCGACAACGCAAGACCAGCCCCAAGUACUACAGGGUCUGCGGAUACGAGUAAGACACCAAUCGUCGAACCGAACCCGACACCUGAAUGGACCGGUAUCCGAGUACACACGUCAAAGGUGAAACUCCGGAAAGAAUUAUCGACCGACUCCAGCAGCGUAGUUGAACGCAUAUUAUAUUGGGUCAUCGCACUUUUUGUCAGUGAUCGGAAUGAUUAAAUCGCUAUCGAUAACAUCUAAUUUUUGCUUUCAAACUCAAAGGGUGUUUCGUAUUUGAUUUGUUCAACUAUUCGAUUUGGCUCUGUCACUUUAAUGUACAUGUGAUUUCUAGCAUUAUUUCACGUGCUAUACGUUGACAUACCACGUGAAGUUCAUGUGCGUUUACAUGUUAUUCGUUUAUGUAACAUGUCGAAGUAAAAGCAUUAUUUUUUGACCGUGAUACCUCUUUUGUUUGAUAACGGUUUUUGUUAUAUACUUUUUAUACACCAUUUGUUUAAAGGUAGAGACCAGUAUUGGAAACGCCCCAAUUUCAAAAAAUGAAAUAGAAGCUCUUUAUUACCGAUCACGUGAAAGAAUA